GGCGGCGGGCGGGCACGAUGCUCAGGUCUCCGCUGGGCCUCGUUGCGGUGUUCCUGAGCCGCGCGAGGCCUCAGACGCCCGGCUUGAGGAGGUUGUGGGCACUUGGAUCCCACCUGGUGGUCGCAGAGCGAGGGCGGGGCUGGGGCUGGAGCCCGCGGCGCGCAUGCUCCGAAUCGGGGCCGGGGAAGACUCUGGGGCACGUGGAGCAUGUGCACUACCAGCUCGUCUACACUUGCAAGGUUUGUGGCACUCGGUCCUCCAACCGCAUCUCCAAGCGGGCCUAUCAGCAUGGUGUGGUCCUUGUGACCUGCCCUGGCUGCCAGAACCAUCACAUCAUCGCUGACAACUUGGGCUGGUUCUCAGACCUAGAUGGGAAAAGGAACAUUGAAGAAAUCCUGGCAGCCAAAGGGGAGGAGGUGCGCAGAGUGACCAGCGAGGGGGUCCUGGAGCUGGGCUUGAAGCCUGCAGAGUCCUCCAAACCCACCACUGCCCCAGAAGAGUCCGAGGACCAGAACCCAGCAUCUCUCCCCGGCAAGACAGAGAGCAGCUGAGCACCUUGCCCCCUACUCUCCUUGCCCUGGUCUGGCUUCCCUCAGUAAACAGUUGGUGUUUC